AUGAGGCUUGCGUUCUUCGUGAUUCUGGCCAUACUGACCGCUUUGGCAGACAGCCGGUCUGUUAAAGGAACCUUCGACCUGAUACCGGACACCUCGGGCAGGAGCGAUGGGGCGCCGUCCUCGGCCCUGGAUCUCGCAGCAGCGGCGACCGUGACAUGCGAGCCGACUUACGGGUUCUUGCCGUGCACGACCGAGCUGUGGGGCGAGCUGUUUCUCGUGGCGGUGUACGAAUGCUUGCUCGCCCUCGCCGGCAAGUACGUGUCUUCGGGGUCGGAGCUCUUCUUCCGCAUGUUCGGAACUGGGAUCUUCGGUGCCUCUCUGUUCCAAAUGCUGGGAACCUUCCCUCAAGUCAUCAUAAUGCUCGCUAACGCAAUAUCAGCAAGCUCGGACAAGACUGAGUCGGUGGCGACGAUGGCAAUGGCCAUGCUUGCAGGAUCGGCAAUCUUCAGCCUCUCGCUAGUUUGGGGUUCCAUUGUUGCUUUUGGCAGUUGUGAUUUUUCGAGCUCUUCGCCUUCUUCGUCCGAUCGACAACCCACCAGAGAGCCAUGCCGUCUGACAGGUUCAGGUGUCGAAACUGACCCGGAGACUAAAUACAUUGCCAGAAUCAUGUUCGUUUCCAUGAUUCCAUUCCUCAUUCUUCAAUCGGCGAAGAUUGUUAAUUUUACUGCUGGGAAACGAAUUGUGAUUUUGGUCAGUCUCAUAGUUACGGUCAUCUUCCUCGUCACGUAUUGCACUUACCAGGUCUUUAAGCCAUGGAUUCAGAAGAAGAGACUUGAAUAUCUAGUGCGAUUAUACGAAGGAGAGAGCAUACUGCAGAGUCUUCUCACCGUCCAUGGCAAGCCGAAUGUACUUCGUAUAAAAGACCUCUUUCAAAAGAUGGACCAGAACAAGGAUUCACGGGUACCAAAAACCGAACUGUACUCAUUUAUGCUGGGAAUACAGAUCAUGGAAGCCGGUUUGAACACAGACGACUUCACCGAUUCUGUGAUGAAGCUAUUCGACUCUUCAAUUGAUGCAUUUAUAAGUGAAUCUGAAUUUGUGCAAGGAAUUUCUGAAUGGUUGGACGAGGACACGCUCCCUGUAAACAGUCUUGCUCAAGCUCGAUCCUCAGCUGGCAACCAGUCACAGGAAACAACACCAGAGCAAGAGAGCUUGUUAUUGCCUCGUUAUAAAACAAGCAAGUCCACAGGUCGAUUUGACGUGUGGUGGAACUAUACAAAAGCUGGUUUCCUGAUAAUCGUAGGAUCCGGCAUAACAGUUCUGCUCGCAGGACCCCUCGGGGACAGCUUCGAAGAAUUCGGGCGCGCUGCGGGGAUUCGCCCAUUCUUCAUCUCUUACGUGUUGAUUCCCUUGGCCACAAGCUACCGUCAAGUGCUCGCAGCCGUUAUUUCAGUGAAGAAGAAGACCAAAAGGGACAUUUCCGGGGCGUUAACUGAGGUUUACAACGGGGUGUUCAUGAAUAACGUGAUGGGAUUAGCCACGUUCUUGGCCCUCGUGUACAUCAAGGACAUAGCCUGGGACGUCCCGGCCGAGGUUCUGGUCGUGCUUCUGAUCUGCACUUUGAUGGGGUUCAUCACAAGCUUCUGCACCAAGUUCCAGCUCUGGACGUGUAUUCUUUCGUAUGCUCUCUACCCUUUAUCUCUUCUGCUUCUUUAUAUCCUCACGAGUGUUUUAGGCUGGUCUUAG